AUGCCGCGUCAACACAGAGGGUGUAAUAGGCCUCGUGGCCGCCCUGCUGGCUCUAGCAGUAGCACCAGCGUGUCCAAAUACGCCGACGAAGAGCGCCAGAUUGGUGUUGUUCUUGAGCAGGCUCAAGAGCGUGUUAACGCGUUACUUCCACCUCUUAUCAAGCACCUAUGUAACAAGCAACCGGCCGGACAGUCGAUAUAUCAGAGGGCGUGUCAUCGAUGGAGUAGGAAGCACGGUAGCCUGACCAAUAGGGCUGCUGUUGGGGGCAAUCUUUCGGACAUCCAGUCGGCCGCGUUGAAGCAAUAUAUUAUUGAUCGCGAUCGAAUGGAGCUGCCAAUAUCAAAGAGACUAUUGACGGAAGUCGGUGAGCAUAUUGUUAAGCGAUCGCUGCUGCCGGACGAAGUGUUCAGGCCCUUCGGCGAUAGAUGGGCUAAACGGUGGCUUGAGAAGCACAGUAUCAAGCUAAAGAAGACCAAGCCUAUUGAGAUUGCGCGGAAGGAGGCCCAUGAUCCAAUCCGUAUUCGAGACUGGUUUGAUGAGCUGAAUAGGGUGAUUGCUGAGCACGAUAUUAAGUCGAUCAACACCUGGAACUUCGACGAAAGUGGCUUCCGCAUUGGCAUCGGUGGUGCCGAAUAUAUCCUCACCAUGGAUCCGAAGAGGCGUUGCUAG